AUUUAGAAAGUUGAUCAAAGUUUUUUGCAAAGUUGGCUCACCACGUUUCCCUUGUUUCCACCACGACAACCACGAGGUUCUUUCUCUUCGUACAGUAUAUAAGUGUAGCCGUGACAUGGUAUUUAGUGUCCACCCCUUGGUGGACACCGAAACUGAACGUUGAACGUUGAACGUCUAGACCCCACCUAACCAUAUUCGCACCACUGAAGCCUGCUCCGCAUAUACAGGCUCAUUCCUACGUUCACCUUCAAGUUAAACGAAACCACUGUGGACAUUGCUUCCUUCAGGGCCUACAGACGAGUCUGCCACUUCGUUGCCAUCUUAAUGCGAGGACGUUAAUUGGCAAUAUCUUACUAUGCGUCGCUAUCGUUGUUUCACCCCGACAGUGCUGCUGUUGCAAUCCUUCUUCGCGAUUAUUGCCAACGCAGUGAGCAUCGCUGAGAUACAAGGCCCAGCCUUUCAGUCGCCACUACUUGGGCAGGUUGUUCGCAACGCUACGGGAAUUGUUACAGCCAAAGAUCGGUACGGCUUCUGGCUCCAGGGAGAACCGUCAUCUGACCCGCGUAUCUCGAAUGGUCUUCGGGUCUACGCUCCUGGGCUCGCUCAUCAGACUGAUGUUGGACACUUGCUGUCACUCUCCGGACGCGUAUCUGAGCACAGACAGAAUAACAGACCCAACGACCUCUUUCUUACAGAAUUAAUAGCGCCAUUCGAUCUCUUCAUUCACUCAGUGGAUCAUCCUGUAAUACCUCUAAUCAUCGGUCGCGAAUCAGGGUACGCGCCGCCUUUGGCUAAGGCAUCAGCUCUCGACGAAGGUACAGAAGGCUGGUUAUCAGUUCCAAACAAUGUCACCUUACUGGAGAGCGUUAAUGCAACACUGCAACCCGACAAAUACGGUCUAGAUUUUUGGGAAAGCCUGGAAGGAAACCUGGUGACUAUUGUCAAUCCAACGACGAGCAACUUCCCGGAUAUGUUUGGCUCUCUUUGGGUUUAUGGAGAUUGGGAUGUGAAUGGAAGGAACGAAAGAGGUGGUCUUACUCUGACUUCAGUCGAUGGGCUACCUGACGCACAUCCGGGAGUAAUCCUCAUCGGACGUCCUCUAGACGGCACGAGGAAUCCUAAAGAACCUAUUGGGAGUAUAUUAUCCAACAUCACGGGUGUUGUCACUUAUCAGUUUGGAUAUUAUAGUAUUUUACCCCUUACAGCUCCUAGUGUCAUGACGGAAUCCGACCCUGAUAUCUCGCCCGUCUCUUUCUCGGCUUCAGAAGAGCCAUGCGAGCUCACGAUUGGGGACUACAAUGUCGAGAACAUGUCACCUAGAUCGCGUCAUAUCCCCCUGGUCGCGAAGCAUGUAGUGGAAUACCUUAAGCUGCCCGACAUCCUUUUCCUGCAAGAAAUUCAGUCGGAUUCAGGAUCCAGAAAUAACGGGGUGGUUACGGCUAACAGAACGCUCGCAACUUUCGUCAAGGCCAUCUCGAACACAGCUAGCGAACACUUUAGUUCAAACAGCCCACCUUUUAAGUACGAAUUUGUGAAUAUACCACCUGAGGACAACAUGGAUGGUGGGAAACCAGGAAGCAACAUUCGCGUCGCAUAUCUGUGGAAUCCUAACAAAGUAUCGCUCGUUCCCGGUCACAUUACAGGCAACGCUACUCAGGCUGUCGAAGUGGUGAAAUCGGAUAAGGGUGAAUUGAGUCUCAGUUAUAACCCAGGGCGUGUACAUCCGACCCACGAAGCGUGGGAGGAGACUCGCAAACCCUUAGCCGCAGCAUGGCAGACUAGUACAGGAUCCCGCUUCUUCACGGUGAACGUCCAUCUGAGUUCUAAGCGAUUCGGAUCCUCUCCUCAUGGUGACGCUCGUCCACCGGUAAAUGGCCGUAUUGAACGGAGAACACAGCAAGUGAACGUCACGGCGGACUUUGUAGAAUCUGUUCUCUCCCAAGAUGUGAACGCAAGCAUUAUCCUUGCUGGAGACAUGAACGAUUUCGUACAAACUCGUUCCGUCUUCCAAUCACUCACGAACUUGCUCACGGAUAUCAAUGACGCCUCCGCAGUCGACCCGGUGGAACGGUACACGUAUGUGUAUGAGCAGCAUAUGCAAGAAAUCGACCAUAUGUUCGUCUCGGAUGCUAUCGUGAACCGCGGGACGAAAGUGGAGCAUAUACAUGUCAAUACAUGGGCAAGGUCGACUUCUGAGAGAGCCAGUGAUCAUGACCCAACUGUAGCUAAAGUAUGGGUCUGCGAUAAUCCUUCCAAUACUAAAGACUCAGAAAGACCUUUCCUGCCAGGGCUCACCGCCCCACUGGUCAUACAGAAUCCGCAUGGGUUGAUCUAUUGAAUCUAUUCACUUAUCCCUUGUACUUUAGAGUUCCUCGCGAAGCAAAUUCGAUCUAAGAGAUUUUCGUUUGUUGUGGCACCGCGUAUACGUACUAAGUGAGUGCUAAAGAC